GGCUGUCAACACAAGCAGCGCAGUUGUAUCAAAGGAAUGAAUACUCAUGUCGGAUCGGAACCCGGUAUAACGCUGAUCGUGCAUUCGGAUCACACAUAUAUAUUUUAAACACAAGGAUGUCAUCCGGUCAGAUUGUCCAGUCAACGCUUGUGCACAGACUUGCCACAUUACUGCGAAAUAAUGGCGACUCAGUGCUGGAUGGUUCCAGUACUCUUACUCUCCAAGUGGGAUGUUUGCAACACUUGACACAACUCUUUGAACAGCAUCUUCUCACACGCUCACAUCAGCAUGGUUUCCUGGCUCUGCCGUCCCACCCAGCAGACACUGCCUCCUUGCUGGAGGUCCAGUUCCUGUUUGACAUGUUGCAGAAGACCGUAUCACUCAAGCUUGUUAAUCCAAUUGGUGCCAAACUGCAGUCUGCUGUGAAAAUCUUCCCCUUCAAGUCCCUCAGAAACUUAGAGCUCAAGCGAAUUCCUCCCCAUUGUCUGGAGGGUCUUCGAGGAGUAUAUUCUCAGCUGGAAGUCUUCUCUUGGUCAAAAGGCCUCAGCUCACUAGAGGAGCUUCUCUCUCUUUGUGGAGGAGAUCUGAGUUUUGCUUUACCCUGGUUAGAACUUCACACCCUCAAUUUCAGUUACAACUCUAUUUCCUGUCUCGACGAGUCAUUAAGUCUGCUAAAUGUCCUGAAGUGGCUUGACUUGAGCCACAACAAGAUCCAAGACUGUGCUGAGUUCUUAGUGCCUCUUACUGAACUAGAGCAUCUGAAUUUAUCCUAUAAUAACCUCCAGAGGGCACCAGUGCUGUGCUUGAGUGCCCAAGCCAAACUCACCACACUGGUCCUUAGAAACAAUGAGCUGGAAACUACAAGUGGGAUGGAGCAGUUAUCAGCCCUUCAGUGUCUUGACUUGUCUUAUAAUGUUCUUAUGGAGCAUGCUCAGCUUGUGUCACUGUCUUUCCUUCAUAAUCUCAAUAUGCUAACUUUGAAAGGAAACCCUCUGUAUUUUAAGAAGUCACACAGGGCCUCUACUGUGCGACACCUCUCACCACGAGCUGCUUUCCAAGGAUUCCAACUGGACGGCACCCGUCUGUCCCCGUCUGAUCUGGUGAUUUUACCAACACCUGGGCAACUGACUGGUCGGGUUUCACUCUCUUCUCAGCAUGUUUCUAUGGCACCUGACCAUGGCGUGCAGGAACUGUCCACUGUGGGCGAGGACAUGACUGACAGUGCGACUGCAAGCAUACCAGGAGUGACUGUAGUCCGUAAGAGAAAACACAAAAGCAAGGUGAAAGUGAGAAGAGCCAGUAUCUCAGAGCCCAGUGACACGGACCAUGAGCUCAGAGGGCCGUCUGCUUUACAGGAUAUUGUCCUCCCCCAUCAGAAGGACAUUAACAGAAUGGACAGUUUCCGAGAGCAGCUGGGAGAGGACUGGCUCAGCUACCAGCAUCACCUUGAUGAUACUCCAGUCGUCCCAGCUUUCCCCAGAGUAGACACGGUGACCUUUGAAGGAAGUGCCGAAUGUUACUCUACCCCGCCAUCUCCCCUGCUAACAAAUAGCAUGUUGCUCCCUCCUCCCCUACGGGCCUCUGAACCAAGAGAGGAAGAGGACAAAGAGGAGAUGGAGGGCACAGACCUGCAGGCUGAGACUGAGUCCACCCUGCAGUGGACAGGCCACAGUCCUCCAGACACCGAAUCCACUCUUGAGAUGAGUCUGGGACUCACUCGGGCUCCAACUGAAGCCCACGCAGACCCACCACCACCACCACCAGAGGAAGAGGAUGACGACAGGGGAGUGGACCUGUGCAGGCCAAUGCUGGUGGGGCUGCUGUCUGAGGAUGCAGAGACCGAUGGAAAAAGUUCCUCUGAGCUACUUUUCCUGCGAGUGCGGCAGAGCUGCCUGCUGGAGGUGGACAUGCACCAGGGGCGCGUUACAACACGACUGGAACUAGAUGGCUUACAAGAGGUCAUUGCAACUCAGACCAUCUGUACAGUAAAGGAGGUGGAGGGGCUUCAUCCAGUCCUGGAGCUCCACUUCCGGUACAUUAGCUGUGAGAGACGGAAACGUUGCUACAUAAUGCUGGAUGAUGAACCGCAGGAAGCGUUACAGGUAUUAGCGGAGGUGCUCUCCAGAGUCGUGGAGGAAAACGAGCUGCAGGUGAAGGAAGAGAAGCCAGAAAUGGUUCGACUCCAGUGCUUGAAGUGUCAGAGCGAGUUCUGCCGGCCAGCUACUGGGUCAGAAAGCAGCUUUAACGACCUGGAUGUGCCAAGGAAUGACAGUGGUGCUCUCAUCUGCUCCGAGUGCAAUAGCAAUCAUGUGGUUCAGCUGGCUGUCCAGUCAGCUCCCUCGACCAGUACACCAAUUCACUGUCCACUGGACCAAAAUGGUGACAGAUACUUCACCUUUGAUGACAGGGACACACCUGUCCGUCCUCAGCACAAUGAGGCAUCUGUCCCGGGACGGUCUUUAUCAUCCUGUAACAAUCCCCUACGUUUGACCAAGUCUUUAGAGGUCUCUGCUCUGCAAGAGGGAGCCACAGCUUUGUUCCAAACAGCCCAUAGCGUCCUGUCCAGUUCUUUAACCAAUCGGAGUGAGGCAUGGGCUGAUCAGAGCACAUCUCAGCCAAUCAGCUUGGACACAGCUGAUGGAAAUAUGCAUAGUAGCUCAGAAGGGCUCAAGGAAAGGCUGCCUGGCAGCUCCUACCACAGCCAGUUUCACAAACAUCAAUACCAGCAGUCACCGAUGUGCACAGAACGAUCCAACUAUGCUCAGUUUGAUAUGCUGUCAGAGGCAGUCGACCAUCGGCUUCAGCUUUAUCUGGAUAUGGAAGUUUUUAAAGAAGAAGAAGUGCUUCGCUGCUUUUUAAAGAUGUCCAUUGUGAAGUUUGGAGAUGCAGUGGAGUUCCAGUCUCUCAUGGCUGUGUCCAACCAGCACAUCUACAUCUUAGAAAUCACCUCGCAGUCCGAAGGUCCACCCUCAGAAUGGCUCCGGAAAAGAGAGAGCCAUCGGUUGUGUGAGCUCAGCUAUCUGGAGGUGGGACUGAGCUCUCAGACCAUCCAUCUGGAGUUUGACGAGGGAGCAGCCGCAUACACACUGCUUGUGCGAAACAGCACUCGCUGCAAAUGCUUCUUCAGCAAGCUUACAGAAAUCGCUAAAGAAUUGGCCCCAAAGUCUAACAGCAAGCUGAAGGGCAUCUCCACCAUGCGGCUGGACCAACGACACCACCUCUGGCAUUUAAUCUGUGAUGAUGACCAGCCAUGUGAUAAAGAAGGCAACCAUCCCUCCUUCCGGUACCUCCUUGCAUUUCUUCAGCAUGAUGGCUUUUUGGACUCUGUGAGUGUACUAGCCACCAAAGAAAUGCUCUUCCUCCUUGAUGAAGACCACCAAUGGAGCAAGAGCCAACCUGAGGGACAAAGGACCGGUGGAAAGGUGACCAUUCAGGAAAUUCAGCCAAUCAGCUGUGUCAGUUCCAUUCAUCUUUUCUCAUCCGAUCCAUGCCGUAUGGACUUAAAUCUUUAUGAUGAGAUGGCCAAGAAAGAAAAGACUUUGUCUUUACUUGCCGAAGAUUUAGAGCUGGUGCAAGAUUUACUGGACUGGAUCAGAAACCAAUGGGAAGCAAUGUUUGGGGUCAAACUAGCUACUGUCAAGCAGUAGCCACGAUGUUACAGAAGCACAACUCUAUUAUAAGGCUAAAAGCAUGUGGACAACCCCUUCUAAUGAAUGGGUUCAGCUGUUCCCGUUAAUCCGGUAAAAACAAAUCUUAAUGCUACACCACUGAAUGACAUUCUAGAGGAUUGAAACAGUUUGGGAAGGGCCUUUUCUGUUCCAUAAUGGCAGUGCCUUGUGCAUAAAGAUAAAGGCAGGUCCAUAAAGAUAUGAUUUAGUAAAGUCCAAAGUAUACUUUGGCUUUCCACUUGAUGGCAUGUCUCAAACACUGUGCAUAUGACGCAAAUUUCCCCAUCCGCACGGUGUGCGUGGACUUAGCAAAGCAUUCACAGUGUGCAUGUGUCUCAUGGUCCAAACCAUCUGGUGUGGAAGAACUUGACUGGCCUGCUUAAAGCCCACACUUGAAACAGUAACUCCCAUUCGGAGACAGAAGCUUUAGGGAGUUUAGACUGUGACGUUGGGUCAUAGGGCCUGGCUCUCAAUCCACAUUCCAAUUAAUCUCAAAGGUGUUCAGUGACGUUUAGGUCUGGGAUUUGUCCACACCGUACUUGGUAAACCAUUUCUAUAUGGACCACACCAUGUGCACUUGGUUAUUGUCAUGCUGGAGCACAAAAGGGCUCUCCCCAAACUGUUGUCACAAGUAUGUCAUUGUAGAUUUGUCUGCACAGAAAGUGUUAAUUAGAAGGGGAUGUCCACAUACGUUUGGUCAUGUAUUGUACCUCACACAUUGAAGAUGAAUGCCUGAUCAUAACCCUGCAUCUGAGCUGUCUUAUUGCCUCAUUAAUAUCUCAGUGCUGACGUGUAGAAGUUUCUCUCAACCAUGCAUGAAUCAUGCAGUGACAAAUUUGGGUAUAGUACCUUUUUUUGGCUUUGUACAACAAAACACCCUGAGCUAGGUUAUUACCAUAGCUAUGCAUGCACAAGCAGUCCAUGUAGGGUUACGGUUGGGUGGUAUAAAUGUUUGAAUUGAGGUGUAUUGAUCUCAUGGUGAAAGGCAUUUUCUUUGGUAUAUGAAGGUCACAGGAUAAUUACGGGUUUGCUUAAGUGUUGGUUGUGUUGAUGCCAUGUGAGUUGAUAAGACAUAUCCUGACCUAAAAUACCAUUUUUAAAACAUUCAGUUCUUGGAAAAAGUUUAUAAAUUGCAAAUUGGUACUUGGUGCACAUGAUUCUUUAUGAUGAGAUGCAUUACUUGAAGUGCGUGUAUCUGUGCGUGCGUGUGUGUUGAUUAGUUUUAUAAGGAAACAGGCAGAAGAGCAUGUUAGUGGAUGUGACUGUUCUCUCCCUCCAGAUAAAAGUUUAUACUAUAUUGAGAGACCAAAAAAGAAGUGAAUUACUUCAAAGGUCAAAGAGAAAAUAAAUCUCACAUGACAGUUUGAAUGUUAAAAGAUAUAAAAUGGUCUAGAAUGUAGUAAGUCUUCUGAAGUCGUGCUUUGUAUGGAUAAGUCAAUGAAGUCAUUUGUGUCAUUCAAAUGUGAUGCACUUUUAUGUGUUUAUAAUUGCUCAAAAUAUUGUCAAUAAUUCUAAAAAUGUAUUAAAGGUGUAUUUAUUACUUUCUAAACUGGUCUUCAAACAAGUCAAUGAUGUGAUGACUGUGUGCUUUUUUUAUUUAUCUUUUACUCUUUAUGUACUCUUUGUGCAUCUUUUCAUAAUUUUUUGGUAAGUGGCAGAAAGAGAGAGAGGGAGAGGUGUGAGUCUGUUGCUCAUAACUGAGUUAUGCAUAUCAAAUCAAUUGAUUCUUAUUUUAUAAUAUAAAUAAUUUAAACUUGCUGCCAUGAUCUCAAAGUUAAUUUAUUAUGUGCUAUACUCGACUGAUCUUUUUGUUUGUUUGUUUGUUUGUUUUGGUUUAAAUAAAGUG